AUGAAUACGAAUAAUAAUAAGAGUAAUAGUACAGUAAUAAUAUUAAGUGUAUUUAGAAAUCAAUAUCUAUUACAGUGUAUUACAAGACAUGUACAUAUAAUCAAUACAAUUGAUGAGGUAGCAUCAUAUAGAAUCAAUCAAAUACCAUCACUAAAAUGGGUAGUAGAGAAUAAUACCGGUUCUUUAAUACAUGAACUGUCUAAGAGAUCGUUAGAGAAUGGUCAACGAUUAUUAUUAUCAGGACUACAAGUUGGUUGGGCAACAUUGGAUAUGAUAGUGGCUGUUUGUUCACCUCACACCUAUCACAAAUCAAUUACCUUUCAGAUGGAUACAUUUGACAAGAUAUUCACAUACUAUCAAUCUGCAUUUGAACAAGAACACUUUGCUGUAGACUAUGCAGUACUUUCUGGUAACUUUGAAUUAGUUAAAUAUUUAUUGGAUAAAGGUACACCAUUCACAACCAAUGCAAUUGAUAAUGCUUGUUCAAAAGGUUACCUAGAUAUAAUUAAAUUAUUAUUAAAUACAACACCUAGAAAUGAUCCUCUUUUAUUUGAUGAUAAUAUUAAAUUUACAAAUCAUGCAUAUGAUAAAGCAGCAACGAAUGGUCAUUUAAAUGUAAUAUUAUAUUUAGAUCAAUUAAGAGAACAAUAUCAAAAGGGUGAAUCAAAGUAUCGUGUUGAUUUCACAGCCAAUGCAAUUGAUGGUGCUACACUCAAUAGUCAUUGGAAUGUUGUUAAUAAUAUAUUGGAUAAAUAUAAAAAGGAUGGAGAGAUGAAGAUAUAUCUGUUUACAGUAAAGGCAUUGGAGAAUACAGUCAUGAAUGGUAAUCAUGUUGUAUUGGAGAGACUUAUGAGGAUGUCUCACCCAAAGUUGAAAAAGAUGGGUCAUCAGAAAUGGCUACCUGCGUACUUGGAGAUAGCAGUAGGUAGAGGACACUUGACUUUAAUCCAAUGGGUAUUUAAAACAAAGCUUCAAAAUACCCCACCAACCGAAUUAUUGACAGCUGCAGUAACAAACAAACAUAACGAAUUAAUAGAUUAUUUGAUAAAAUUGCAUAUCAAAAAGAAAACAUAUGUUGCUAAAACUAUACUUCCUAGUUUGUACAAGGUUAUAGAGGGUGGUCAUUUCGAGUUGCUAAAGAGAAUGAUCGAUCAAGAGGAUGGAGGAAAGUUAAGACAGACACUAAGAGCCCACUCGGAUCAGUUGGUGCAGUGGGCCAGUCGAUUCGGACGUUUAGAAAUACUCAAAUGGUUGUAUAAUACCAACCUGGAAGUGACGAGCGGAUUAGAGCAUCUCGGUCUGGCGUGUCUAGGUGAACACCCUUCGCUCGAGAUGAUCAAGUAUUUGGUCGAGACGCGUGGAGAAGUGCCAGCAGUUGACCAACUCGAAGAACUCGCGAGUGUAGGUGCAAUCGACUGUGUAGACUAUAUUCUCGGUUUGGACAAGACUAAUCAUACUCAUCUACACGUAUCUUUGAAAGCAGUAAUAUAUGCAUGUACAUUAAAAUCAAGUGAUAUGUUACAACUCUUGUUGGAUAGAGGUUUGAUCGAGAACCAUGAAGCCAAUCUUGUGUACUAUCUAACGGGUGCAGUCGACUCUGGAUCAUUCCCAUGUGUCAAACUACUAGUGUCUACUUUAAAAAGAGAUAUUAGUCGUGUGACGAGCGAGAUACUUUCUCAAUCAGUGUCGCAGGGCAGGAUAGAUAUUACAAAGUAUUUGGUCGAGCAAUAUCCUCAUAUCCUCAAAAAAGCCAAGAAUGCGCAAGAUCACCUGGUGACACCACUGCGGUCUGCCGUUCAAUUGGGCUACGUUCAAACGGUUGAUUUCAUACUUGGAUUAAAGGCACUAGAGGUAUCAGAAGAGGAUGGUGAGUCUUGGAUAGAGAUGGUCGAUACGCCACGGUUCAACGGCCCAGACGAUCUACUCCACCAAGCAACCCUAUUUUGUAGUCCUACGAUGCUCCAAGUUAUACAUCGACACCGUCCAAUUGUUGAGAGUCUAACAUUUGGUAUCGACCCCAGGUGUCGCGAGAAUCUCGAAACGAUAGAGGAAAGAGCAAGAAUUAAUGGGUAUCUAUUGAAUUCAGAUUAUCUCAGAGAUAUCAAAUUCCCCAACCACAUAGAAUGGUGCUUAAUGUGUACUGCCAAGAUUGAGGUGUUAGAGCUUGCCCAUAAAACUCUUGAUUAUACCUCAGCCUUCUCUGAUUACGGUUUCGGUGGCUUUUUGCCACACGAUUGGCUCUGGAUUUCUGUGCAUUAA